CGUUUGCUCACCCAAUUAGGCUAUCUUCAUUACAUUAGCCUAUCUUGUGGAUCGAAGUCGGUGUCCAAUAAGAUCAUAGGUGUAUACACAUCGAUUAACGGUUGAGAUGCUUUCAGCCAAUGGAUCUCAUCCGUUAGAUCGAUGUGGACAAACAUGGGAAAACAAAACCGGAGGGUACGAUUUAGGACCUGCUUGGAGCAAUCGGCGCCAAGAGCGGCGUCCGCAGGCUCCUCCUCCGCCUCCUCGAUUUCUCCGGCCACUUCUUGGUCUCCGCCGCCACCUUCGUAGAGUCCCCGGCGUUUCGAAUACUCCUCUCCUCCGUUGUCCCCGACGACGCGCCAGCGGUUCUCCGGAAGUCCGAUCACGGUGGAGGGUGAUGAGUGCCGCACAACCCUGCCGGAACCUUGAGAAGAGAUUGGCAGUUUCUGCUCAUAUUUUGUUUGAAGGUGACAGAGAUAGCAUAUACGCACCGUGGUAGCCCGCGAGCUCCGUUUAUACUCUCGUUAUCCGAAACGCCUACUCUAAAAUCCUCAAAACCCCUUCUUUCUUUGGCGGCGCCUCUUCGCCACCGAUGGAAGUGGUGAUCGCCUCUUCCCCGGUGGACGUCGGCAUCGGUUGUUGGGACCUACGCUCGGGCUCCGAGCUGCUCCGGUACCGCUCGUGCUCCUCCGCUCCACAUGGCCUCCUCUCCAUAGCCGGCCGCUUUCUCGCUUCCUCGCAGCUCCGCGAUUCCCCUUCCUCCGCCUCUUGCCCCAUUUUCUUCUGGUCCUGGGAUAAGCCUCAGGUGGAAGUUAGGAGCUUUCCGGCUGAGCCGAUUGGAUCGCUUGUUUCCAAUUCAGAAGGCACUUACAUCAUGGGAGGAGGACCAUCCGGCAUCAUCUACCAAUGGGAGGUUGCUAGUGGGAAAUUGCUCACAAGGUGGCAUGCACAUUAUCGGUCUGUCACCUGUCUCACUCUCUCCAAGGACGAGUCUUUGCUAAUAUCAGGGUCUGAGGAUGGCUCUGUCAGAGUUUGGUCCCUUAUGAUGAUGUUUGAUGACAUGGCAAAGGCUUCUGCUGGUGUUCUUUAUAGAUAUAGCUUUUUGGAACAUGCUUUAUGUGUCACUGAUGUUGUUACGGGACAUGGGUUAUGCAACUCCAUUAUCAUCUCAACCUCAGAGGAUCAAACAUGUAAGAUAUGGAGCCUAUCUGAGGGUUUGUUAUUGAGGAGCAUUAUGUUUCCUUCCAUAAUUGAUGCUAUUGUAAUGGAUCCUGGGGAGCAUGUGUUCUAUGUUGGUGGCCGAGAUGGCAAAAUAUAUAUUGCAGCGCUAAAUGCUGAAUGCAACCGCAAUAGCAUACACGGGAUGUUCAUCAUUGGUGCCUUAUAUGAUCACAGUAAGGCAAUAACAUGCCUAGCAUUUAGCACGGAUGGAGUUACUCUAGUGUCUGGGACUGAAGAUGGUAUUGUCAGAGUUUGGGAUACGAAAACCAAGCAUGUUACUCGUGUUUUGAAACAUGCGAAAGGUCCUAUCAACAAUGUUCUUAUAGUUAGACAGCCAUUACUUCGAAAUCCUAUAUCAGUGAACAGGAAGCAUUUGAAUUUGUCAUUGCCACCCCCACUGAGCAAGUAUGUUGAUUCUACAGAUGCAGAAGUUAAAACUAAUGCUAUUGUAUUGCUUCAGUCUCCUUGCCAUGAUCCAGAAGAAAUAAGAUUUUGCAGCUCAUAUGUGAUGGAGAGGCAAAUCAAAGAGCUUCAGAAACAGAACACUUCAGGUGCUGCUGAAAUGGAGAUGGAAAGACUUAUGCUGGAAUGUAAAAGGAAAACACAACUGGUUCAGCAGUGGAAGAAGUUGUAACAGGACAUGCAGUCUCUCUGUGUAAAUGAGCUGAUGGAUGGAACCCAGGUGAACGACAGCUAAAAGCAGCAGCAUAAGAACAGCUUUAGUGUAAUCAUGAAAGCCAUCUCUUACUAUGGUUUAGUGUAAUCUUGGGUUUCUCCAUGUACCAUCUUUUAUAUUGUGCUAGAAUUACUGAUUCCGUGGACUCCUUAUCCCAAGGCGUCAGUGAAGUUUCUAUAAAAAAGCAAUUACUUGUACAUCUUAUCAAGAGAGGAUGACAAAAAGACAUGGGUUUUGAAA